AUUUUACCUCCAAAUGUAGGAGAAGUACAAAUUAUAUUUGCAGGUGCUCGGAUUAGAAGAGAUUGUAAAGAUGACACCUGGAUCAGAAGUGAAUUUGAAUGAACCCAUUUGGGAUCUAUCAAAAUUUCAAGGAAGACUUCGCUACUAUGCUUGGAUUACAGAUACUCGUCUGACGUUGAUCCCAACAAAAACUCUGUACCAGUAUAAAGACCUUGUGGAAUAUUAUAGUAAAAAUCAAAACCUACCAACAGGGGUGACGGUGGCUGACUACCGACGUGCCCAGCAAGCCACACUGUCAGCUUUCCAUCCAGAUACAGGUGUACUCCAAAAUGUUAUUGGCAGGAUGUCUUUCCAGGUCCCAGGUGGCAUGGUUUUAUGUGGAUGCAUGGUGACAUUUUAUAGGAGUCCAGCAGCAGUUGUUUUCUGGCAGUGGACUAAUCAGUCGUUUAAUGCUAUUGUCAACUAUACCAAUGCACCAGGCUCUUCCAGUGAUACCAAAAAAAUCAUGUUUGCCUAUGUGACGGCCACAACAAGUGCAUUAGUUACUGCACUAGGACUGAAAGCUUUCCUGGCAAAAAGUGCUUCUGCCCUGCUACAGAGGUUUGUUCCCUUUGCUGCCGUUGCUGCUGCAAAUGCUGUCAACAUUCCACUUAUGAGACAAAAUGAAAUCAUGGAUGGUGUUACAGUCUAUGAUGAAAGCAAUAAAGAAGUAGGGAAAUCAAAGUAUGCUGCUGUGAAAGGAAUUCUUCAGGUGUUUAUAUCCAGACUACUCAUUGUAACUCCCUGUAUGACCUUGAUACCUCCCGUUAUGAUGCGGUUAGAAAAAUACUCGUGGAUGAAGAAAUAUGGCCGCUUUGUAAAUGCUCCACUGCAAGUCUUUUUCUCGGGAAUUUUUUUUGUUGGCUGUGUUCCUGUAGGUUGUUCUUUGUUUAACCAAAGGUGUUCAGUAACAACUGAACGGCUGAAGUCAUUUGAACCAUCUGCUUAUGAGAAAAUGAGAAGAGACCAAAAUGGUGAACUCCCACAAAGGGUUUUCUUCAAUAAGGGACUUUGACACUAUUAAACAACACCUGUGAUUUUCACUCCUGAAAAUUUACUUAAUUUACCAACUUGCCAAAACCAUUCAAUAUUCAUCAUACAGUAUAUGUAUUAUAGAAAGAUUAUAUAUGAUAAGGAACUUAUAUUUGAUAGAAUACCUGUGUAUCGUGUACUGGUGAGGCACCUGUGUAUUGUAUACAAGCAAGAUACCUGUGUAUUGUGUAAAGGUGAGAUACCUUAGUAUUGUAUACAGGUGAGAUACCUCACUAUUGUAUACAGGUGAGAUACCUCACUAUUGUAUAAAGGUGAGAUACCUUAGUAUUGUAUACAGAUGAGAUACUUGUUUAUUGUGUCAGGUGAGAUACCUGUUUAUUGUGUACAGGUGAGAUACCUGUUUGUUGUGUACGGGUGAGAUACCCGUGUAUGGUGUUCAGGUGAGAUACAUGUACCUGUGUAUUGCAUACAGGCCAUAUACCUGUUUAUUGUAUACAUGUGAGAUAGAUAUGUAAUGUGUAGGAAUAAUUAUGAGUGUAUAUGAACAAAAUGGCAUGUGACACAACAUAUUUAUAAAUGAGAAUGGUUUGUCAUGACUGCUGAAGUACUAAUAAAUAUAUAGAUGAGUAACAAAUACACUAAUUCACAAGUGUACAGUUUGGAAAUGGAAAGUAAUUUUGAUUAACACCUCAAAUUUUGCAUUUACAUUGUUCUUACUAUAUAAAUGAGGAACGGUUGUGUGAUAUGAUCCAUAUAAUUGUAUGAUUGAGUGCCAAUUUUCGAUGCUCAGUAACAUAGGUAUGAACUUUCUCAUUAAUCAUACCUUUGAUUUGGAGGGUUUGAUCUGAAGAAAGUUCAUAAAAAGUCAUAUUAAGAGAUUCAAAGGAUAAUUAUAUUUCACUUGUUUCCUAAAUUGGUAUGACCUUGACCUGUAUUUUAACUCUACAUGUGAAUGUUGUAUGCUGCUGUGACCUAUAUUUAUUUUAAAUCUUUAAGUUGUCAUAUCUUUAUUUUAAUACUGGUUUUAUAUUUACAAUGAGUUUGGUAUUGACAGUGUUUAUUGUUUUAUUUUUAUUGAAUAUAAAAGUGGAAGAGAUGAAGUAUAGCUUUUUUGUUUAAAGUUACAAUAUUUGUAGAGCAUAUAAAGAUAUCAACUAUGUUUGUGUAUACAUGUACUGUAUAUAUUUAUUUAAUGGUUGUAUGAAAACUUGAUGACCUGCACCCAUUUUGUAUUUUAUACAUUCCAGUAAAAAAUACAUCACAAUAUAAA